AUGAGGCUCUUCACCCCUCUGGCCCUCCUCGCGCCUUUCUUGUGGUCCACCCUCGGCCGUCCGGAGGCUUCCGAGCCCUUUGCCAAGUCGACCUUCAAGCAGAAGUGGUCGGUCAGUACCCCGCAGGGCCCUGUGACCUUUGCAUCCGAUGGCCGACAGUUCUGCUUCAACAACGCCAGGGGAAGGCCGUGGUCGAUCGUCAAGGAGAGCAUCGUCAUCGCCAAGAGCACCAACGGCGGAUGCGUCGAGCGGAUCUUCAGUCAAGAGUACCACGACUUCGGCAUGGCUCUGUGGGCAAACAAGCCCAACGUCGACACUGAGUUCGUCAUCGACAUCGAGGCUAUCCCGGUCAUCAACUGGGUCCAGGUGUCGGCUCUGUAA